UAUCCCUGCAGUCCAUGGAUGGAGCUAGUUUAGCUUAGCUGAUUUAACCUCUCCCGAGUGUGUCAGUGUGUCGUUCUCGGUUUGUAACAUGAAGUAGGAGGAUACGGCUGGAGCUGAAGCGUUUGAAACAGCGUAAGGUCGCCACUUCGUUUAAGAGUUAGCGUACGAUUUAUUUUUUAAAAAGUUGUUCCUUUUAAAAUAAAACCAGUUAAAAAAGAUGAAGUAUGUGUAACGUAAACCUGGGAUAUUACUCCGUGCCAACCCGACGAAGCUUUCCUGUUCACCGGUUCAUCCAAAACUUGGAUUCUCAGCAGUACAAUGGAUGCUGAAGGAUAUAAAAAUGAUCUGCGCUGUACAGAAACGGAGAGCUUUUGGCAUGUGGUGCAGAAAUCAGGAGAUCUGGAUCAGAGGAGCAGAGACUGUGAGAGCUUCAAGCUGGUGGAAGUAUUUCUGUCAGGAGGUGCCCCGUGGGGGUUCACGCUCAGAGGGGGACUUGAACACCGGGAGCCACUGCUCAUAACCAAGGUUGAGGAGGGCAGUAAAGCAGCAGCUGUGGGUCUGCAGGUGGGAGACGAGCUUGUCAACAUCAACGAGAUUCCCCUGACUGGAUAUAGACAGGAGGCAAUCUGCCUCGUAAAGGGAUCCCACAAGACCCUCAGUCUGGUGGUGAAAAGGAGGAAUGAACCUAUAAGUAGGCCUCACUCCUGGCACUCCACCAAGUUCAAUGAAAGCCAACCAGGGACUGCCAAAACACAGUCUCCACCCGCGGCAGUCUGGCACGCUCACUAUGAUGCAAGCUCGUCAUCGGCCAAUCUCUCCACCAGCUGGGAGCAAACAAACCUGCGCAGAGUGUCCGACCAGUUCAGCUCUCACGGCAGCAUGGACAGCCUAGAGCAUGUGUCACACCCAUACGCCGCUGGUCAGCUCUCACACGCCAAAUCAAACAACAGCAUGGAGCAACUCGGAGGAGGGAAAAGGGACUCGGCCUACAGCUCUUUCUCCACCAGCUCCAGCACGCCGGACUACACCCUCUCAAAAAGCAAUGCUGCUUCAACAGAGAACAUGGUCUACAAAGUCGGGCAGUGGGAGGGGGGAGGAAAGCACAACAGCAGUGGCAGAAAUGGCCACAGCCUGGCUGCAGAGGGAGUCAGACAGGAUGACAGGCUCACGUAUUUUCAGAUGCCAGGCGUCAGCUCAGGCUGCGAUGGUCCACAGACCGAGGAACCGGCUGGUUCCCACCAUUCAACUUCAAGUAGAACCAGCUUUGGGCCUGUUUGGAACGUCCCCGAGAAAAAGAAAACUGCUUCUUCUUCUCCUCCGCCUCCACCACCACCCACACGCAGUGAUAGUUUUGCUGCUACUAAAGUCCAUGAAAGAGGGCUGAUGAUUGCUCACCCCGAAGGAAUCGAUUCCCACCUGCAAUCCAGAGCUUCAUGUGAAAAUCGCUGUCACAACAUUUCCCCGAAGAACGACCAUGACAGUUUUUACUUUCAGUCUGAAAAAUCCCAUCAGGACCAGUUCACUUCAAACAAACGGUAUUCCCACUCCAGUGAUGUUCGGCAGCCCACCCAUGUUAACCAACCUUACCAUCAAAGACACCACAGCGAGAAAACCACUUUUCAUCCUCAGCCUUGGGCUACUUCUGCACCAAAGCCAAAGAACGUAGGUGGGUACUAUUACAGCAUGCAGGAGGUAUCUGCUAACGGUUCAACGCAACACACUGGCCAGAGCCAGAGAAAGAACUUAAGUUCCUCUACAGGCCCUGACCAAAACACAGAGAGCAGCGGGCACAGCCGUUACUACUGUGUGACUACAUGCCAGCCCACACAGCCGAACCCUGUGUCUUUGUCAGGAAUACCAGAGGACAGGGGCUGUGCGACAUAUCUGCCACAGACUGGAAAUGAGCGAACCUCUCACAGUCCGCUGACGGUUGCUAAAGUGAAGUAUCAUCUGCCCCAACAGCAGCAGCACUCACACACUAAAGACACCAAUGGGUACAGCAAGCACCAAGUCACUAGUGUACAUGAAAACCCGGCACUUAAAACGGGCUCAGAAGAUUGGGGAGGCCAGAGAGGGCACAAUACACAGACAGAAGAAUCUCGGCACAGCAGUCAGUCUGAACAGCGCCGGCUUCUACCACUGCAGCACAGAGAACUGCCCCAAGAAGUCAAGCACGACAGCCAAAAGAGCAACAACAUCUCCCCCCAGGCCAACCCCAUGCUCCACUCACUGUCUUUGGAUGUCGCAGGGCAAGAUGAUAGAGGAAGAGGCGGUGCAGUUUCUGACGAGUCCACUGAAGCUAAGCAGUUAAAGCGCGACGACCGCUUUGCCACCACACUGAGAAACGAAAUCCAGAUGAGAAGAGCAAAGCUGCAGAAAAGUAAAAGUGCGGCUGUCCUCCCCUGGGUUGAGGGUCAGGCUAAAGAAGAUCAGGACAUCCGGAAGUCCACCGAAAGUACAACUCCAACCUCCUCCUCCAGCUCCUACAAGGACCACCUGAAGGAAGUGCAAGAGAGGGUGCUCAAGGCUACAUCUUUCAGGAGGAGAGACCUGGAGCUAGUUUUACCAGAGCACUCUAAUGCUGAGGCUUUACCUAACUACCCAUCCUCGGCACAUGCUCGCAAAGAUGUCACGCCUCUGCCAGCUGUCACAGAGUCAGCAACGAGCCAUUCAGGAGGUCAGGUGACUCGCACUGGUGGUCGAAAGCAUUUUCCUGCAGAAAAGAAAGUUAAGUCUUUCUCUGAACCAGACAAAAUUCACAAAGUGGGGACGAAAGAGGGUGUCGCUCCAAGUGAUAAUACAAGCUCCUCAUUAGACCAGCAGAAACUCUUUGAAGACGUUAAGAAACCAGGUCUACCUCACCACAUGCCCCUUGAGAGCCAUAUCAAGCGCCAAAGUCGAGAACCCGCCUCUGUUGGUGCAACAGAGAAUGCAAUGAAAGGAAUCAAAGGUAGAGAUUACGCUGAGGAGGCCUUCAGAGUUUCUACACAAAAGGAGUCCAUCCAAGACCAGCAAAGACUGGGCACGUUUGCCGAGUAUGAGGCCAGCUGGAAUACACCUCAGAAACCUUCAGAGAAAAGGGUCUCUGGACGGUACAAGUCAGCUGAUAACAUACUCGAUCCAGGAACCGAGGAGAGAGCCAGAACCACCUGUUCCCAUGAGAGGUUCAGAUCGUCUACAUCUACAGAAGUCUACGAACAGAAGAUUCCAGUUCCUGCAAAGAAGUCAGAGGCAGAGUAUUCAGAGCCGGAGAGUAAACCUGCUGAACCACUCAGCUCUGACACAUGGUUCCCUGACAGAGCUCCAGGUGAUUGUAAAGUGAGAAACAAGCCUGCAGAGUUUGAACAUUACUCAGCGCCACCCCCUCCUCCCAUGACGGGAGCAGACCCCGACUGCAGACACAGAGCUGCUGCUGCCACCCUCAGCCACAGACCCACACCUAUUUCUCUCGACCUCACAGAGACUGCCCCCCCUCAGCCUGAGGACCACAGUCACACAGACCCGCACUCUGGACUCUGGAGAAAGCCCCCUGCACUAGAGAACCCUCUGCCUCCACCCAGAUGCCCAGAGGUCGACUCCCACGAGUCCUCCGCCGGUUCCCAGAGUGAAGGCUUAAACCUCUCUGAUCAUAACUCCGCCUUCAACCACACCCACGCUGUUAAAGGAGACUCUGAGCAGGGCAAAGGACAAGGGGCAGGACAUCAUCUCUCAGCCUCUCCCUCUGCGUCCUCCUACAGACCUUCAGGGCUGGCCAGCAUGGAGGGGCACCGCUCACCAUCUCCUCAGUUUUCCCCACAGAGACUCAGCGACAGGCCUCCGGUCUCUCUUCAGGAUGAAUUCUCAAACAGGAUGGAGCAUGUGAUAGAAAACCAAAGCUCUGCAGUGAGGAAAGUGCCCAUCAGGAUUGUGCACUCGGGAGGAAAUGCAGAGAAGGAAAAUACACCGUUUUUGCAGCACAGCAGCCCCCCUGCCAUUGAAGCAGAGGGGCACGCCGUGACUCGGCUCGGCAGCCUCGGAGCUGCAGGUCAGGACUCUGUCUUCUGCGCCUUCACCAGGCAGAAGGAGCCCGAUGGGGUCCCACACCCUCAAAAGCAACAGAUGCCCCAGAGGGACACAUACAUGACCACUAUAGGAGAUCACCUCCAACCGCCGCCACCCACAGACGUGUCCAGCAGCAAUAAAUUGGCGACAAACACAGGAGUGUCCAAGGCAGAGGAUCAGAAAAGAGAGGAGCUGGCUAGGGACAUCAUGGGGAAGGAUAAGUCACUAGCAGAUAUUCUGGAUCAGAGCAAGAUGAAGACCACAAUGGACUUGAUGGAGGGCAUCUUCCCUCAAGGGGAGCAGCUGGUGGAAGAAGCUCACCAGCGCAGGAAGGUGCAGCCGAAGCAGACAAACUCCCGGCCCGCUGAGGAAAGAGAAAAGGAGGACAACGUGGCAGCAGCUACCUCGAUGGUGACCAGCUCUGCAUAUUACAGCACAUCUGCUCCCAAAGCUGAGCUCCUUAUUAAGAUGAAGGGCAUGCAGGACCAGGAGCAGGAGGAGGAGGACUCUGAAGAUGAGCUGGACAAUGAUUUGGCCAAUAAGAAGCAAGAGCUGAUCGACAGCCUCAGCAAGAAGCUCCAGGUGCUCCGGGAGGCCCGGGAGAGUCUUCAGGAGGACAUCCUGGACAACAACGCUCUGGGAGAAGAGGUGGAAGCCCAGGUCCAGCAGGUCUGCAAACCCAACGAGCUGGACAAGUUCAAGAUGUUUGUGGGGGACCUGGAUAAAGUGGUGAGCCUUCUGCUGUCCCUGUCGGGGCGCCUGGCCAGAGUGGAGAACGCCCUCAACAGUCUGGAGGAGGAUGCUACGCCAGAGGAGAGGCGUACGCUGAUUGAGAAGAGGAAGCUGCUGAUCCGACAGCACGAGGACGCAAAGGAGCUGAAGGAGAACCUGGACCGCAGAGAGGGUGUGGUUUACGAGAUCCUGGCGAGCUACCUGCAGGAGGACAGCCUCGCGGACUACGAGCACUUUGUGAAGAUGAAGUCGGCGCUCAUUAUCGAGCAGCGCAAGCUCGAGGAUAAAAUCAAGCUGGGCGAGGAGCAGCUGAAGUGUCUGAUGGACAGCCUGCCCAUAGAGCAGCGGCUGGCCCUCUGAGGAGGACAGACACUGCUGGGUCUCUGAGAGUCACGUGGUUUCGGCUGCACAUGAGCCCUGUGGCCAGCAGAUGGCGGUAUAGUUAAGAAAAUCUGCACAUAAACAGCCUAUUUGGUGCAUUUUCCUGACUUUGUGAGCAUGCGUGUACAUGACAACCACAAAAAACUCCACAAAACUUUCUUUUUGUAAAGAUGGUGGUAUUUUUUUUGGGGGGGGGGCAACCAACCACUAAUGCCCUUUUAUGAUAUUUUUGCUUUGUUUCUUAUGAUUUUAUUUUUUUUUAGUAAUUUAUUAUAGCCUUUUGAAUCUGGAGGAGACAGUAUUUUAUCUUCAACCGAUUUAGCUGAUGCAUGCUACACACUGAGCAUUUAAGAGUAUUUAUCAAGUAUAAAUGUCACGAGAUCUGUCAAAUCUGGCUAAAUAUGUCUGUAAAUUCAUCAUUCUUUACCUUUUACACUCAAACUAGUGGCCUUUUUUUUUUUUUUUUUUUUUUUCAAUAAAAUAUCCGUGCCCCUGCUUUCCUCACUGAAGAAACAUUUCCUCGAGAUGAAGAUGCACGCACCUGCAGAGAGAGGAGAGUGUUUAACAUCACUAAACAGAAGCAGCACUUGACGUCCAGGCUUGAAUGGUCACAUUUGAAGUGCGCCGAGAACCACUGCACACACUCUUCAGUCCACUUCUGCAGGUCGCAUUAUUCAGAGCGCUUUUUAGAUUUAUUCACAGGUAGAAAAGUGUAAAAAUCCACAGGAUGAUGUCACCAUGUACAUGUUGACCAGGUGUUUCUGUUUCGUCUUCUCACGUCACCGCAGUUUUGUUUUUCAUGGUGCAGAAGUUGAAUCUCAACACUAAAAGAUGUUCAGAUGGAUAAAGAGCUUUUUUUUUUUUUUUUACCUUAACCUUCAAAUUUCAGACUCUAUGGAUUAAAUCUGUCUCCCAGAUACUGGAGAACUUUUUUUUUCCCCUGCACAUUUCAGUUUGUUACAGUUUCACACACUUCGUGCACUUCUACAUCCUAAAUGUCUUAAAAACGUUAUCAGCUGUGCUCCUUUCUGUCAAAUA